AUGAAGGCGAUCAUCUUGGGAAUUGCUGCCUCGCUGGCGAAACUCGGUCUGGCUGUUCCCCAUGGCAAUAACCAACACCACCGUCUUCACUUGCGCCACGAGAUUACCGACUACUCUACGGUCACCGACAUUGUCACCAUCACUGCGCCAAAUGCGGUCGUCUGGGUUGAUCAGUACGGCAACAUCAUCUCUACCGAGUACCGUGAUCUCCCAACUCCAAAAGCCACCACUUCCGACAUCGUUGUUCCAGUCGUGACCAGUUCCACCGCUGUCACUUCCAUUGUCCCGACCACCAGCAUCUUGUCCACUUCUCAGACUUAUGCUCCAACCACUACUCCGUUCAUCUUGUCCUCGUCCGACUCUGUGUCCCCGGCUCCAGUAUCCUCUGUGUUGACCUCAGCCACUUCGGCAGCGGCCUCGACCCCUGUCCCUGACACCUCCACUGCUGUGCCAGCCGCCUCGUCAUCUGGCACUGGUGGCGACAAGGUCUCUCAGCACAACGACACUUCCUCAGCCCAGUGGAGCGGAUUUGGGAUCUGCUACGAGCUCAUUGGUAGUUCCGGAUGCAAAGACCAAGGUAGCCUUAACUCGGACUUUGGGUUCUUAGCCAGCAUGGGAUACACCAAGGUGCGCACGUACGAUAUUGGCUGUGAUCUAGGGGUUGUUGCAGCAGCUGCUGCUUCUCAAGGCCUGCAACUUAUUGUCGGUCUUAACGGAAUUGGCAAUGUCGUCCCCGACAUCACCACCCUCAUUGGCAUGAUUAACGGUAACUGGGCUCCCAUCGACACCGUGGUCAUCGGCAAUGAAGUCGUCAAUAGUGGUGGUGAUGCGGGCGCCGUGGUGGCCGCGAUUGCCCUAGCCCGCCCCUUGCUCGCCAUCGCUGGCUUUACCAAGAAUGUCGUGACAGUGGACACCUUCAGCGCCCAUGUGAACCAUCCGGUGCUUUGUCAGAGUUCGGACUACUGUGCGGUCAACGCCCAUGCCUUCUUCGACCCCAACACCAGUGCUGAUGGAGCUGGAAAAUUUGUGACCAAUGCUGCCGCAGCGGUUGCCAACAUUGCGAGUGGAAAGGCCGUUAUUGUGACCGAGUCCGGCUGGCCAUGGGCGGGUUUGUCAAAUGGUCUUGCCAUUCCGUCGCCAGCAAACCAGCAAACUGCCAUCAACAGUCUCAAUCUCGCUUUCAGUGGCAACCCUGGUGGUUUGUUCAUCUUCCAGGCCUUUGAUGCGACCUACAAAUCACCAGGUCCGUUUGGAGUCGAGCAAUACUUUGGCAUCUAUGGCCAUUAA